CUCAGGGCAAUCUCAUUUCUUCGGGAAAAAAACUUAAGGUACUUAGGCUGCUAGGUACCUGUGUAAAGGAGUGUAAGCCUUAAGGGAGUACGUAGGUACUUGGCCUUCUAAUAAACACACUGUCCACUUUCUAAACCCUCCCGCGUCAACUUCGCGAUCCUAAUGUCUUAACGCUCCAAAUGUUGGCGGGACGAGUCCGGGCGUAUUACUACGAGUCUCGAUGGGUUAUGUAAACGAGUCCAUUCAAUGGGCUCGCAUAGGGACCAUCGCGCUGCUCGUGUUUCUUCUUUCAGCGCACGCGUUCGCGUACGAAGAAUUAUCAGACGAUGCGCUUCGCUAUAUCCCUAGCGGCGCCCACGAUUUCGAUAUCAAGACCGGGUCGCUCCUAUCGCCCAUCUUGAUACCUCGGGUCCCUGGCACACCCGGGUCUAUCGCUGUGCAGCAUCACUUUGUCGACUUCUUCUCGCGGCAGCUGCCUAAAUGGACUAUCGACUGGCAUAACACAACGGCCAAGACGCCGGCUACGGGUGAUACGGAUAUCCCUUUCAAGAAUCUCAUCAUCACCCGUGACCCGCCGUGGGCCGGGCCCGGAGACGUUAGCCGCUUGACGCUGGUUGCGCAUUACGACAGCCUUUAUCGGCCAGAGGGGUUCGUCGGAGCUACGGACAGCGCUGCCCCUUGCGCCGUGCUGAUGCACGUGGCGCGUAGUAUCGACGAAGCGCUGACGAAGAAGUGGGAGGCUAUGGAGGAGUCGGGCGACACCUUGGGCCUGGAGGAAGAGAAGGGAGUCCAGAUCCUGCUCCUGGACGGAGAAGAAGCUUGGGUCAGCUGGACUGACACGGACUCCCUCUACGGAGCGCGAGCACUUGCGGAAAGCUGGGAUUCCGAGCCGUACGUAAGCGGCUCUGCCUAUCGAACUCGUCUCGACUCCAUCAGCCUCUUCUUACUCGUCGACCUCCUUGGAGCGGCGGAACCCCACGUCCCUUCCUACUUCCAAUCGACUCAUUGGGCCUAUCAAGGCAUGUCCAAGAUCGAAGAGCGGAUGCGGAAACUAGGCCUCCUCAAGACCAGACCGAAAAACCCCUUCCUACCAGAAUCUAGCAAGCAGACGUCGCAGUUCACGAGAGCAUACGUCGGGGACGACCACGUGCCUUUUAUGGUGCGAGGGGUGGAUGUGCUUCAUAUCAUCCCCUCGCCGUUCCCUCCUACGUGGCACACUAUGGAUGACGACGGCGAGCAUCUCGACAUGGAAUCUUUGGACGACUGGGCUAAGAUCAUCACGGCGUUUGCGGCGGAAUGGAUGGAACUAGAUGGUUUUAUGAGCCAGCCGCCUUCGGGGGGUAAGAAGCAGGCUGUUAGGAGCAGAUCAGAGUUAUAAAUGGAAUAUGCUCUUCAGUCUUGUUUUCUCUUGAAUAAUAACUACAUAUACAUACUAAAGAAUAGAAUAUUAAAUUAUAU